AACAGCAGCAGCUUCCGCAGUAAACUUCAUCACUGACAGCUGCCGCACCGGUUUGAGUGAAAUCCUCCAAAAAUGGGUCACUGUGUUUUCUUCAUUUUAGCGGCUUUAUUUUCUGUCGUAACGACACAGUUUAUUCCACCGUAUACAGAAGACUGUCGGGCGGGGAUGUACCCACCAAACGGCCCCACGUUCAGAGGGGCUGUCAGCUGGUACACAGUGGACCUCGACUUACCGCCCAGCAAGAGAUGGACAGCUGUGAUUACUGACAAAAAAGCUGAGCUGAUCGACAUGAUUCAGGCCAUCAAAGACUUGGCAAAUGCGUUUGUUCCCAGCGGAAGGCUGAUCGAGCUGGUUGACGUAAUGCUGCCGCUGAUGGCGAACACGCUCCCACACCCUUUCGGUGAUGAAAUCAAAGGAAUUGCAGCUGUUUCAGGGGUUCCUCUUGGUGAAGUCGUCUUGUUCAACAUCUUCUAUGAGGUGUUCACUGUGUGCACAUCAGUUGUUGCAGAGGACAGUAAGGGUAACCUCAUUCAUGGUAGAAAUCUGGAUUUUGGAUUAUUUAUGGGCUGGGAUGUGAAAAACAAGUCAUGGAUCAUUAGUGAUAAGCUGAAGCCUCUGGUGGUCAACUUGGACUUCAAGAGAAAUAACCAGACUCUCUUUAAGUCGACAAACUUCGCUGGAUAUGUUGGCAUGCUGACCGGCAUCAAGCCUAAAAUAUUCACUCUGACUAUGAAUGAGCGCUUCAGCCUUGAUGGAGGAUACAUUGGAAUCCUGGAGUGGAUCCUGGGACAGAGAGACGGGAUGUGGAUGAGCUUCCUCACUCGCUCUGUCCUCGAAAAUGCAAACAGCUACGAGGAAGCCAAAACCCGCCUGGCUCAGACAAAGCUGCUGGCUCCAGCUUACUUCAUCCUCGGAGGAAACCAGACAGGCCAGGGCUGCAUCAUCACCCGGUCCAGAGAACUCAGUAUUGAUGUCCUGGAGAUUGACCUCAAGCUGGGCCGGUGGUAUGUUCUGGAGACAAACUAUGAUCACUGGAAGGAGCCUUUGUUUCUGGAUGAUCGCAGAACUCCUGCCAUGAAGUGCAUGAACCUGACCGCACAAACGAAUAUCUCACUGAAGACCAUGUAUGAUGUCCUCUCAACCAAACCAGUGCUUAACAAGUUGACGACAUACACAACACUGAUGCAAGUGUCAGAGGGAACACUGGAGUCGUAUAUCCGUGACUGCCCAAACCCCUGCAUGCCCUGGUGACACGCCAAUCACUAAUACCUGAUCACUUUGUAAAUGCCGAUCUAUGCGGAGAAACCGUGAUGGAGAUGAGCUCAGCUGAUUUUGGGAACAGAAGUUGACGCUGAUUCUACAAGUGUUUGCACAGCUACCAAAUCACCCGAACCAAAGUUUGUCUCGUUUUCUUUUUUUCUUUUUUGUUUAUCAUGCUAGUCCGGCAUUGAUGAAAAUACUAAAUCCCACUUUUUUUCUGUGAAUCAAGCAUGUAAAUGCCUCUGUUUUUUUAAUUGUAAUAAUAAUAUUCUGUUAUUUGCAAAAUGGUUCUCAAUAUAGGCAUACGCACCCCUGAGAGGAAUCCGUGUGUUUAAUUCAGUUGGUGCAAAAUAUUGUUCCAUUUUGUUAAAUUUCUCGAACCCAGCCCACACUCACCGUAUUGUGCCUCCACACUGUAUGGUUAUUAGUUGUUGUUGUUGUUGUUGUUGUUGUUGUUGUUGUUGUUUUUGUCAAUUUUAAUCCAGGUUGCAAGUUGCUUGCAGGUACUCCUUUAUCGUAUGCCAACUAACCAUUUCACUCAAAUGUACCUCACAGCCCACCCCUUUCUUUUUUGUUUUGAAAGAUAGUUAAUAAAAUUUCCCAAAUUUAA